AUGUUUAAUCAUCCCACAAGCAGGCCUCAUGCCUCGGCCUAUGCCAGCGACCCCUAUGCCUUCUCUCCCCAGCCCUGGGCGCGCUUCGACCUCAACCAGGCCGUGUCGUCAUCGGUCGACCCUUCGCACUCCCAUCAUGCAGCCCUUGAAUCAUUCAACUCGUCGUCCGGCAUGGACUGGACGCCCACUUCAUCAGAGGUGCCCUCGGGCUAUCACCAUGACGGCCACGGGGGAAACGACGUCGAACUGAACUCCCUGAGCCCCGUUCAAACCGGAGGCGGCGUCGGCCGUCUGGUGGCGCAUUUCGAGAACAAGGGCUUCGUGCCCUUUGAGAACAAGGGCUAUGCGCCUCCCCUUCCCCCCAGACCUGCUCAUGGCGCCCAGACGCAGCAAUCCAUUCCCCGGGCUCAAUUCGACAACCUGGGAUACUUUGGAAACGGCCCCGGCCUCGCGUCGUCCUUCAACCCGAACCGAAUUGUGACUCCCGCCCAGAGUCCGGGCGAAACCCAUUGGGGGGUCUUUGGCUUGCAGUCGCGCAUGACGAGCCCCGUGGCCACCAACUCCUUUGGCCUUCAGGAUGCUUCCCGAGGCUCCAAUUCCGGAGCAGGCCAGCUAACAGGGCAGUUUGGGGUCCUGGACGAUUUCGUCUCCGGAAACCGCGUUCAAAGCUCGGCAGGACCCUCCUUGUCAUUAUCUCAGGGCGCCUCGUCUCCCAUGGUCAGCCCAUCGGCAGUCGUGUCCCCGGCCCAGCCAUCGCCGCCGACAUCGGGAACUCCUGGCUUCGAAAUCUGGCGCCCGCCGGGAUCUGUGAGCGUCAAGUCGGAGGCGCCGCAGUCCACGUCCUCUGCUCUCCCCGCGGGCAAUUACGGCAAGCCCCCCGUGCCCAACAGGCCCAAACCGAACGUCAACGCUUCCGGAAACCAGUUCAUCCUCGAGUUCAACCCUAGCGCCAAAGUCAAAGGCAAAGCCCCAGCCAAGCCUCCAAGGCUGCGAGCCCCUCAGCCAUCCGUGCCUCCUCCUUUUAGUCCCGAGAUCAAGCAGGAACCAGCGACACCCCACGCAAGCCAGCUAUCACCAUCGAUUACCGCCCUGCCGGUGCCUGCCGAGGCCUGGGAGCAGUUCAAGUCGACAAUUCGAGCACUUUACCUGGAUGAGCGGAGACCACUCAAGGAGGUCAUGAACGUCAUGGCCGAAAAGUACAACUUUCAGGCAACGCCAAAGAUGUACAAGACGCGGUUUUCCCAGUGGGGCUUCGUCAAGAACAACACCGAGGAUGAGGUCAAGAGGCUCCUUUCCAUGAAGUUUCAGCGCGAUGCCGAGGGCAAGGUUUCCGAGUUUGUGCGCAACGGGAGAGUGGUGAAUCUGGGAACCUAUCUGAAGAGAAAAGGCGUGACCGAGUACGACCUGAUCGACUUUGAGCUACCGGCCGACCUGCCAGCUCACGUCAAGUGCCGGACGCCGACGCCCCCUCCUGCACCGGAGUAUCUGCGAUCGCCCGACCUCGUGCGAGCGCAGGAGCUUGUCGUUGGGAACAUGAGAAAGGCUUUCCUGCACUGUCGGCAAGUCGAGGUGGAAACUGACACACAGGUUGGUUGGUCGACGACGAUGGUUUGGGGCGCCGGGUCGAGCGACUUGCUGAUGGAGGCCAACUUUUACUUCGAGGCGCGAGACGCUGACCAAGGGGGACAUUUCCUCAUGCGGGCGUUUAAGCAGCUCGAGGUUGAUCUCAGGAAACUGUCCCCAGUGGGCAUCAAUGAACUGCUGCUGGGCAUGGUGCAGCGAGAUCCGGGGAUGAUGACGGCCCUCUGCAAAUACCUCGCGGCAUACUCGACGACCAACUUGGAACGGUCGCACCCCCUGCGGCAGAUCUUCACCUGUCUGUACGAGGUUCAGCAGAAGCACGGGCCCGGGACGCUGUCGGACCUGCUCUGGGGCAGCAUCCCGACCAUUGCCGAGGAGCUCGAGGCCAUAUACAGCCGGCGGCACCCGUACGUGGCGCGGGCGUGGAUCGACCUGGCCCUCUUCUACAACCACAUCCACCCGGAGCGGCUGGGCAAGCUCGUUGACGAGCUCCGGGACCAGGAGCGGCAGCUGGAGCAGCGGCACGGAGCCAACAGCGUCGAGGUGCUCAGCUUGCGGUACUCGAUCCUUCAGCUUCUGUACGCAGCGGGGCCGCAGUCGGAGCCGACCAAGCAGGCGGCCGUGGAGUUGUGGAAUCAUGUGAGGGGCCUGGGCGUCGUGUUUUCGGUACGCGACGCCAAGCCCAACGUGUACUGCUACCACAGCCUCCUCAAGGUGGACCCGUGGACGAAGCGGUGUCGGCGGCGAUACGACUCGGGAGUGGCCAUUAUGGAGGAGCACGUGGGAGUCAAGGUCCUCCCCUACUUUGAGGAGGACUUCCACACGACGGUGCAUGCGCCCGACUCUCAGGAAGCAUGGUCAGCGGCCCUCGACCAUAUGCAGGCGGCUAAAUGGGCAUAUAUCUGA